AUGGAUGCAGCAAUAACAGAGGACCGAGUCUGGGCGGAUUUCCCUUUAACUCGGCCCGGGACUAGAGCGGAAGCAGGCGGCGGCAGCAGCGUAGUAAAAUGCGGGGAUGAGAGGACGACGACGAAGCGAUACAGGAGAAAGAGAGAGAGACAGAGACAGAGAGAGAGGGAGAGAGAGAGAACAGACCAGCCGGCAGAAUUCUCGGUCCUCGGGAAAACAGAGGAGACCGGUCGUCCUCCCCUCCUCUCCUCCUCUCCUCCUCUCUUCCUCUCCUCCUCUCCCCUCCGACAUGUGGUGCAGCCCGUAGCGGCGACGCCACUCGCGGCGGCGUCGCGGCGCGGAACCACACGUCUUUCCGGGGGCUUCUGUUCCUUGCUAGGGGCCUACAAGAAAAAGACCAGUUACGAUGGCUACGAAUCUUUGCAGUUGGUCGAUAGCGGCGGAGACAGGUUCAGCACCGGCCGGGGCAGCGGCGGAGGCGGUGGAGGCUCCACAGCGGCCACCCCAGCACCGAAGGCCGGCCCGCCGAGACAGGAGGGCUGCAGCACCAUGGACAGCUCAGAUAUGGACGCUGGCUAUGGUGGAGGGCUGUUGGACAUGGUGAAAGGAGGAGCUGGGAAGUUCUUUAGCAACUUCAAAGACAACUUGAAAGACACGCUGAAAGACACCUCCACGAAAGUCAUGCAUCAAGUAGCUACGUACACUAAAGGAGAGCUGGACAUUGCUUACAUUACAUCGAGGAUCAUAGUGAUGACCUACCCUGCAGAGUCAGUGCAGAUCGGCUACCAAAACCAUGUAGAGGACAUCCGCUCUUUCCUCGACAGCCGACAUGCUGACCACUACACUGUCUUCAACCUGUCACAGCGUAAUUACCGCGGCGCCAAAUUCUCCAACAGGGUUUCAGAGUGUAAUUGGCCGUCACGACAAGCUCCCAGCCUCCACAACCUGUUUGCUGUAUGUAAAAACAUGCACAACUGGCUCAAACAGAAUCCCAAGAAUGUGUGUGUCAUCACCUGCUCGGACGGCCGUGCUCCCUCUGGUGUUUUGGUCUGUGCCAUGUUCUGUUUCUGCCACCUCUUCAACAACCCAAUUCCUGCCAUGCAGCUCCUCAGUGCCAAGAGACCAGGUUCUGGCCUCUGGCCUUCUCACCACAGAUACAUAGGCUAUGUAUGUAGCAUGGUUUCAGAGAAACCUACCCUUCCUCACUCUAAGCCGUUGAUGAUCAAGGCCCUCACAAUGAGUCCAGUCCCCUGUUUCAACAAGCAACGCAGUGGCUGCCGGCCCUUCUGUGACGUUCUCAUCGGAGAAACCAAAAUUUUCACAACUGCACAAGAUUAUGAAAGGAUGAGAGAGCACAGGAUUCAGGAGGGGAAGGUGGCUUUUCCUCUGGGUGUGAGCGUACAAGGAGACGUUGUUGUUUCUGUCUACCACAUGAGGUCAACAAUUGGAGGUCGUCUACAGGCCAAGGUUUCCAACACUCAGAUCUUCCAGAUUCAGUUCCACACUGGCUUUAUUGCUCCGGGAACCACCAUGCUGAAGUUCAACAAACCAGAGCUUGAUGCCUGUGACUCACCUGAGAAGUAUCCCCAACUGUUUCAUGUGAUACUGGAUGUGGAAGUAGAAGGAGUGGACAAGCAGAAAGACCUGACACCACCAUGGGAGCAGUUCCCCUGUAAAGACUUAACCCCAAAUGUGCUGUUCUCCUGUCAUCAGGAGCAUCAGGAUGCACUAGCUAUCGCAGAUGAGAUGGAGGGCUUGGAUCUGGAGGAACCAAGUCGGCCUCCUGGUGGUGCAGAUGGUCGGGGCCAUGGUGAGGAGAGCGAGGCUUCGGAUGACGAAAUGCUCUCCCUCUCCAGCCAGCGAAGCAGCAUCAGUACAGCUCCACAGAAACCCGAGCCCCCAGUCUCCACGUCAGCCCCACCUGGAGCUGCCCAGGAAGUGGACCUUCUUGGCCUAGUUGGGGAAGACAUCAACCGCCCACGCCCCUCUUCUCAGCUUCCAUCAUCAGCAGCUGCAACCACCGACCUCCUGGGAGACCUGUUUGGAGCUCCAACUCAGCCAACCAGUGGACCCUCAUCCACCCAGUCCACUCCACAUAAAGUGGCCCCAAACACUGCCUCACCGUGUCCCUCUCCUGUUCCACCAGCUUUUGAUCCCUUUGGAGCUGGUCCCAUGCCGAAGCCUCAAGACAUGAUGGGUUCAUUCCUUGGACCAGGUAAUGUAGGGCAGACAGACCCUUUUCUGCAUGCUGCUCGCUCCCCAUCACCCACCCUGCAGCCUACAAGCAUGGGACGGAGUUCCCCUGUCCCAUCCACCACCCCAACUGUCAACAUUCAGCAGCAAAAUGCCAUGGGAGGAUGGGACUGGAACAGACCUGCUACCGCUAACACAGCAGGAAGCUUUGGAAUGGGCAGUCGGUCGGCCACUACAAGUCCCACUGGCUCAGUCCACAGCACCCCCACCCACCAAACCAAGCCAAACACCCUGGAUCCAUUUGCAGAUAUUGGUAACCUGGCUGGAAGCCUUGGAGGAGGUUCUGGCUUCUCCAGCAAGCCCACCACUCCAACAGGAACAACUCCUUCUUUCCCACCGAUGGGCUCUCCUUCACGGCCUCCCCCAUCUCCUCAGCAUGCAGGGGGAUGGCAACCAAGCACAGGAGCCAGCUUCCCCUCGUGGCAGCCUGGCAGUGGAGGUGGUGGAGCAUGGCAAGCCCAAGGACAGGCUCCUGCUCCACAGCCAAAGCCCAGCCCCAGUCACACCCCCAUGCCUCACACGUCCCCCCAAAACCGACCAAACUACAACGUCAGCUUUUCUGCAAUGGGAGGUGGCUCUCCGGGGGCCGGGGUCAAAGCACAGACUGGAAUGGGCCCCAAACCCAAAGCCUCUGAUGCCAACUUUGAUGACCUGCUGUCUGGUCAGGGCUUUGCGGGUACCAAAGAGAGGAAAGGGCCCAGGACCAUAGCAGAGAUGAGGAAAGAGGAGCUGGCCAAAGAGAUGGACCCUGAGAAAAUAAAGGCAGGAUGUAUCCUGGAAUGGAUUGAAGGGAAGGAGCGUAACAUCCGUGCCCUGUUGUCCACCAUGCAUACUGUGCUGUGGGAGGGAGAGACCCGGUGGAAGUCUGUGGGCAUGGCUGACUUGGUUACCCCAGAGCAAGUCAAGAAGGUUUACCGCAAAGCAGUCUUGGUGGUUCACCCAGAUAAGGCAACAGGACAACCUUACGAACAAUAUGCCAAGAUGAUUUUCAUGGAACUAAAUGAUGCCUGGUCUGAAUUUGAAAGCCAAGGACAGAAACCACUUUACUAAAAAAGACAAAUGAGAGGAAAAGAGGAUGUUCCUGUUGAUUCUGUCAUAUAACCCUAAAGCGAUACCUUUCCUGUUUGGCAUUUGACAGCCUCACACUGCAAAAACAUCUGCCUUUAUACCUGCGCUUUGACUCAUGCUUAUCUUCCUGCCCAGAAUCAAUGACUGAAAACUGCAGAGCAGAAUGUUAACAGUGAUACUGAACAGAUGGACUCAGAUGUACCCUUUGUAUGUGUGUGGUGCAACACUAUCCGUCUCCUAGCUUUUUGCUCCAAAUCAGCCCAACAAUCAAAUCCACCUAGAUGUCUGGGAAACAGAUCAAAACAGGACAGGGGACAAGGGUCUCAAGAGAUAAGAGAAUAACGCUUCUGGGAGUAAAGCGAGUAAACAUUUUGCAGGCUGCUCUAUGGUGGAGAUUUAGAACAGCAGGUAAUCUGCCACAACAGUUAUUUGACAACAUUUAAGACAUUUGACCACAGAUUUUACUUUGUAUCUGGAAAGUUUCCUGUGAUGACAAAUGAAAAAUCACUCACAAAUUAACAUAAGUGAAGCCUGUAUGUCGUCACAGUUGAGCCCUUUAUGCUAAAAGACCCAAUCCAGGUUUGUGAGUUAAAAUAGCAUACAAGUGCAAUUGUUUGUUUUGACACAGGCGUUGACUCCGUCCUUUUCUCUGCAGAUGACUGGAAAUGAGCUAAUAGAGUUUAGGUCAGCCCCUUGAAUAAAAAUCAUAAUGAACAAGAUUCCAUAUUCAACAACAGUUGAAACAAAAGCAUGUUGUGUAGAGCCACUAAUCCUGCUGUCGGAUGUAAUGAAGCUCUGUGUGUUUCAAUGCUUGCUGGGAACUGGUCAUUGCAUAUUUUAGGAUCAGCACAUGUACAGUUCUUCACAUGAAGCACCUUGAGGCCUCAUGCAUACUCAUUCAUGAAGAAGUGUGAUUUUGUAAUUGAAGAUCCGUGAAAGCACAAACAGCCUUGAAGCAGGGGCAUGUUUCAUUGUUUUGGUUUCUUAUCUGUGGUGCAUAGAUACAAGAUAAAAAUAAUGAAUAGCAACUAACGAUGACUCAAGUACAGAUUGAUUGGUCCCUGCUUCUUCAGCUUCUUAGUUUUGUUGGUUUCUCAUACAUAUCUGCUGUCAGUUUCAUCAAAACAAUAUCCUGCAUCUACAGGUCUUUCUUUUAGUUUUACACUUUUGGUACUUGAUUCAUUUUGUUUACUUCUGUAAGCUAUUCCCAUUACUGCACUGACACUUUUAUUUAUAAUCAACAUGUACUGCAUUUGGGUAUCACACCAUUUUAUAUCAACAUAUAAAGGUACAGGGCACUUCGCUCAGAGGAGCUGUACAUGCUGCAGGUGCUGUUUAUAAUCGAUUAAAUCCACCCUAAUGGAUGUGAAAUUAUUUCUCCUUGAUGUACAUUAAUAAUUGCAGGGAUUCUGCAUACGGUCCAUGUUUUCCAGAACGUUACUCAUAACAUGGUUUUCUUGUGUGAAAAGUCUUUCAUAAGCCUGGGAUAUAGUUCAUGGGUGAAAAUAUGCAAAAUCUUUUUUUUUUAAAUGUAUAAACAAGUAUCGGUCACUUCAAGGCAUCUGAGGUUUUUAAACGACGUGAGUGCAAAUGCCUAAGAUCUCAUACCCUGUAGACGCUUUUCACUUAGGUGUGUCAUACCAUAGAGGAGAUCCAUUAACUGCACAGAUGAGUAGAAUUUCAGCUCUUACACGUUUGUUUUUCGCUUCAUAUCCUUGAGUUUGUUCAACCCCAGUUUAAUGUUCUGGAUUCAGGAUGCUGACUGAACUGUGAAAAGAAAGGGUGAUGGCUGUUUCACUCAGAAUGGACCACAAAAGAAGGGAAGUGUCGCUUUAAAGAAAAUGGGUCUCAGGCUGAAAAUGCUGAACUUGAAGCUAUUGCUUUUUUUUCGGUGGCGUGUAGUUUCUGCUCUAUUCACAAUAAGGACCUACCUGUUAGAUAACCCUCAUGAGCUCCCUUUCUCUCUAAAUCUGAAAUCUUACAGCUACAGUAUGUUCAGAAGCUAACCUCUAUAUUGUAGUCAGUGGAUGUGUGUUGUUUGAAAUUGUGGUACGUAUGGAUCGAAUUUGGGUAAUGUAUGUCAUGUGUUUGCCUGUCUGCUAUCCGAGUAUUACUAAAUUGUGUAUAGAAUCAAUUAAUGUGUUUCUUUUGGGUUCUGUUUACUGUUACAGGAUGUUCAUAGUGAACAAGUGCGGUGCACAACAAUAAAGAGAAUAAAGACAGAAGGGCCAAGCUGCAUUCCUUGUGUCUCAGAUGUAUACUUUUAAACACAAGAGGGCAGCAGCGUACAGUACAAACUAUGCUGUUGCUUUGUGACAAGUGUGCUGUUAUAGAUUUUUGAGUAAAAUUUCCAGUGCUCACUUUCCAUGUGUAGAUUAUACAGAAAACCACUUUUGUGACACCUAGAAGUAUUUCUGCAUGGGAUUUGGUAAUUCAUCAAUGCAUUUGAACAAUUUAUUUUUCCACAUGCAAAGAACAGGUUCUUUUAAUGCGGGAGGGUGGAGUUAGAAUUUUGAAAAGUGGAUGUCCUGCACAAUGGCAGCAUUACUGCUGAUGGAGCACCGAUAUGUGUAUUCAUCUCUAUAUCCAACUAAAUGCUUUGACAUCUUUAAUUAAAGUCCUACUCCAUGACCUCACGACAGUCUUGAUACGUCCAGGUUUUACAAGGUGUCUUCAGUCACCACUGUCUGAAAAUGUUUGCUUCCCCCAAAAACUAAGUGUUUUUUUUACUUUUUGGAAUGGGGGAAAUUCUUCAUAAAAUUAGGAAAUAGUUUAGAAAAUAGCAAACAAAUAAUGGAAAUUG